AUGACGACCAUCAGCCAGUACAAGCACUACACCUUCAGCACACCUGUCGAAGUACAUCUGCCCAAAAGUCUUACGCAGGAAGAGUUCGAAAGUCUCUUGACAUCACAGUCAAACCCUGAAGCGGCGUUUACAUUUCCAGCUCUCGAUAACUGGCUUUCGAAUCUGCUGCAUAAUUUCAGCCUCCAGCAGAAUGAAGCUCACCCAUUUCACAAGCACCCUUACAAGCUACGGACGCUGGAGGUCCAGGCUGUAGACUGGUUCUGGCGAAAUCUACCAGGCAAGCAAGAUAAGUUGGGGUUCAUGAAAAUUCAGUCCAGAAUUGAGACAGAUCCCUACAUACACGAUGGAGAAGAGAAAGCGAGAAUAGACUGGAUUCCUGGAGCAGUUUUCCUAAGAGGAGGGAGUGUUGCGGUACUCAUCAUCGUACAGCCCGAAGACGCACAAGGAGACGAUGAUAAACAUGUCAUUCUCACAGUGCAGCCGCGCAUAGCAGCAGGCUCGUUAGCGUUCACCGAGAUACCGGCAGGUAUGCUGGAUGGUGGCUCGCUCAAAGGCGCAGCAGCCAACGAGAUCGAAGAGGAGGCAAAACUCAAAGUCAGGGAAAGCGAUCUUGUCAAUCUGUCAGAGCUCGCGCUGGAAGGUGUACCUGUGACGCCCUGGACAAGCCAAGCGAAUACAGCUGCCAAUGGAUCUGAGAAAGUUGAAAAUUCGAUGUACCCCAGCGUCGGUGCUUGUGACGAGUUUAUACCAAUCUUCCUUUGCCAAAAGCGGCUGACUCGACGCCACAUGAACUGGCUACAAGGCAAGGCAACAGGCCUGCGCGACGAGGGCGAAAAGAUCACGCUCAAACUUGUUCCACUGAACAAAGCCUGGAGGGAGGCUGGCCGUGAUGCAAAGGCGCUCGCGGCGAUUGCCUUGUACGAGAAUCUCAAAAGAGAGGGACAGAUACCUGAAGCGCCUCGCGAGGCUGAGGUUGAGCCGACAGAUUUAGAUUAG